GUGCGUCCCGUCGUGGCCAGCGCCUGCAUGCAGCAGCUGCUGCACCUGACGGGCGGCAGGCUGACGGCGCUCACGCUCGCGCACAACCAGACGAGCGCCCUGCAGGUGGUGGUCAACGCGCUGGUGGAUGGCUGUCCGAACCUGGAGCUGCUAGACCUCUCCAACAUCAUGCUGAGAAACGGCGGCAUCGUGUCUGUGCCGCUGGAGCGGCUGCAGGCCGGCUGCCGGCGGCUGCGCGUGCUUCGCUGGACCAACACCCAGAUUAGUCUGGCGCCCGCCUCACUAGAGGAGCAGGUGGCAGCGGGCGGUUUCCCGCUGCUGGAGGAGCUGAGCUUCAAACAGAGCGAGCUUACCGCCCCGCCUGCAGCGGCCACCCGCCACACGUGA